GGGAGAGGGAAGGGGCGGUACCCGACGCAGCAAUAUGGACAUUUCUUACGUGAUGAGAAAGGCAAAACUUUUCUACUUUUUCACUCGACCUAGAUAUAUAUGCCGUCUAUCAUCUAGGGAUUCGCUUCCCUUGUUCGGAGCAAGUUGAUCCCGUAUUUUCGUUCUAGACGAACGUCAUUUGAAAGCCAAGCUACCGACAUGGGGACAAUAUUAUCAAAGAAUGAGUUCCCCGUGGAGGGCAAGACCGUGGUUAUCACCGGUGGCUCGCGAGGUAUGGGGCUUGCGGCUGGACGUCAGCUCGCUGAAAAGGGGGCCGACGUCGUGAUUGUCGCUCGCGACCAGGAAAAGCUGCUUCAAAGUCUCGAAUAUAUACAGCAAGGAGCUGUGAACCCUCAAACACAGCGUUUUCUUCAGAUUAGCGCCGACUUGAUCAAUCCAUCCGAAUCUGUACGCGUCAUCGACCAGGUAGUAUCAUGGAACUCGGGCAAACCUCCAGACAUCGUGUGGUGUUGCGCAGGCAGCUCGUACCCAACGUUAUUUAUUGACACGCCCAUAUCCGAAUUCCGGACCCAGAUGGAUAGCAACUACUUCACGAGCCUGUAUAUGGCACAUGCAAUCCUGACGUGCUGGCUAAAGACAUCACGAAAAGCCACCGACGAUGUUCGAACAAGCAACCCAGCCCCCGCACGCCACCUCAUAUUUACCGCUUCUUUCGUAGCAUUCUACAGCUUCGCCGGUUACUCGCCGUAUAGCCCGUCCAAGGCCGCAUUGCGAUCUCUCUCCGACAGCUUGUCUCAAGAGAUGAAUCUGUACGCCGCAGCCCACCCAAACGAUCCGCCUGUCCGGCUACACACCGUAUUCCCCGCCACUAUCUACACUGAGGCGUACGAGGCCGAAAAUCGCAUCAAGUCCGACCUGACCAAGAUGCUUGAAGAAGGGGACGAAGGCCAAACGCCAGAGGUCGUCGCUGCGAAGAGCAUCAAGGGACUUGAGAGUGGGCAGGAACUUGUUACAACUGACUUGUUAACAGGACUAGUAAAGCGUAGUAUGCUGGGAGGUUGCGCAAGAGGAGGUUUCUGGAGAGUCUUAGGUGACUGGUUUCUAGCAUGGGUUUUAGGCAUCGUGAUGGUAUUCGUCAGGGACGAUAUGGAUCGAAAAGUAAGGACAUGGGGCCGAAAGUUCGGUGCCUCGGGUAUGAAGCAAAAUGAUAAACAUGCCUAGGUUUGAAGUAACAGUCAUACCAUCCAACGAGUUCCGUCUGUGCUAUUAAUAUUCGUGUUCUAGGGAACCCAGAACAUCAUCUUUAAUAUAUGAUACCUUUUGGUUUUAGCCUUGUGAUAGUUAUUAAGACUAGCUCCGUGACAAAACUUUUAUCCCGGGGAAUAUCGAGUGCUUGUAAAUGUCAGGAAGACGACAGGACUUAGAGAAGUAGGCAGAAAAUGAUAAAGCCUCGAGAAUCGCCAUGCUGGCAGGUGGAUGAUUAUCAGUAAACACUUGAGCUGUACCUAUUGUCUGUAGGCUGAAAUCGAGCAACAGCCCAACCGCCUUGUUAUCUGCCCAUAAUAAUCUCUUUAGAUUCGCGGGUACCAGUGCUCUGGGGUGGCAUUGCAUAACAGUUACAUUUAGGGUCUAGAUGAGGCGAAUUAGCCAAGCCCGCCAAUUUCUACAGGCAGCCUACCUAAC